AUGGAAAUUCAAUAUUUUUUUAAGUAAUCGAAAAAGGAAGAGAAAGAAGAUCUAUUUUAGAUUCUUGCUUUAUCAAAAGAUUUUGAUAAAUAAAUAUACAGUGUGAUAAUUGAAUUGUUAUAAAAACAAAAAAUUUCAGACUGUUUAGAAUAUCUUUCAAAUGAUGAAAAUCAGAAAGAAAAUGCAUAAUAUAUUUCAUAAACAAUAGAUUUACCACUUAUUGAUUAGUAAGAAAAAUUAAAUAGGGCAAAAUAUAACAUGAAGAUAAUUUUGAAUAUAAUGAAAUAAAUUAAAGAUCAUGACUUUAGUAAUAAUGACUAUUUCACAGAAAUUUGUUAGGAAUUUAGACAAGGUCUGAUAUAAAAAAUAAAAGAAUAAUAGAAGCUUAUCUAAUUAUUGUUAUUUUUGUUCACCUUACAGCUAUAGAUAAUAAAUUAAUUUAAUGUGGAUCAAAUUUUUUAGGUUUAUUAGUUUAAUUGAAGGUAGAUCUGACUAAGCACUCCUUUGAAAAUAUAAGAAUCAAGAAUACUUCGUUAAUUGGAGGUAAUUUUGCUAGAUGUAAUUUAAAUUGCUCAAUAUUUGAUAAUAUUGAUAUUAGCGGACUAAAUUUGAAUGGAGCAUAUUUAUUAAAUUGUUAAUGGAAGAAUAUUAAAGUUUAUGAAUUAAAUAAGCUCGAAAGUCAUAGUUAAGAUGUUCGAUCUGUCUGUAUCUCCCCUGAUGGUAAUACAUUAGCAUCUGGGAGUCACGAUAACUCAAUCCCUUUAUGGGGAUAAUAAAAAGACAUAUUGUAUGGUCAUUGUAAUUCUGUCCAGUCAGUAUGCUUCUCUCCGGAUGGUACUACUUUAGCAUCCAGUAGCAAUGAUAAGUCUAUCAUUUUACGGGAUGUUAAAACAGGAGAAUAAAAAGUAAUCUUGAAUGGUCAUCGUGGUAGUAUAAUAUCUGUAUCAUUCUCUCCUGAUGAUACUGCAUUAGCACCUGGUAGUGAAGAUAACUCUAUCCGUUUUUGGGAUGUUUCGACAAGAAAAGAAAUUGAACCUGCUUUAUUUGAAACUAAUCCUUUUACAAAAAAUGGUAUUUAUUUUAAUUAUAUUUAGUAACGUGUAAUAUUAUUAUUCUUCUUAUAUCCCAAGAAGCGACAUUUUAAGUACAAGGAGCUCUAAUAAAAAACGAAUCGUUCGAGAAUCAACUAGGCAUUGAUUUGAAAAUAUUAUUUAAGCAAAAAGGAAAGUAACUUUUUUGA